UGCAUAGUCUAUAUGUUGGAUAUAUAACAAACUCUGACAGCCAUGUAACAAAUUCUGGAAGUUCACAAACAGCCUAUACUUAUAAUUUCCUUUGCUUUAUGAACUUCCAUCACUUUGCUUUGUUUACCUCUUUAAAAAAAAUGAAAUAACGCUUAUUCCUGAUCCUGAAUGCAGCCUAUUCUUUGGCUCCUGUAGGCCUACAAUGUUUAAUGUAAAUGUAAACAGAAAGAUUAUAGGCUACUGUCUAUACAGCUAUAUUCACCUACAUGUGCAGUAUUACAGUUUUAAAUGAAAUGUUAAUAUAUAUUUGCAAUAUAAAUGUAGCCAUGGUCUCUUAUUGGAAUCCGGUAAUGGCUUUUUAAAAGUAAGAGUGAUCCUCACCAUUAAUUAAUCAAAUUAAUAUGCUUUACUAAUCCCAUAACUGGUAGUGGAAAAAAAGUAAACCAAGCAAAGGAAUGGGAGUUCACAAGUCUGAGUUUGUUUCAGGCCCUUUAAGAGGCACGUGCCUCAAUAAUAGUGCUUCAAAUGACUGUUUGUUCAAAGGGUUUGAACCAUAGACUGUAUAAAAACACAGGGUCGCAAGACGAGCACUAAUUAAUAUGUCACGCGCUGCCUUUCACAGAAUUGUUGCAGACAAAACGAGGGUCUCUUUUGAUGAAGCAGCUGGAGCUAGUAUUGCUGUGUGAAAUCAGCUGCAAAUUCCUCUCAACAUGCAUCUUUAGAAAAACAAUCAUUUAGACUCGGAACCCACCGUUACAAACGCUAGCAAGUCUAUACAAUAUUUCUCACCUUGGGAUGACAUUUUUAAGGGGUCUUACUUGAGACGGCCUCACGCACACUAUACUAAACUGAACAAGUGGAUGCUUUGGACACAUAACGCUCCAGAAGGAAGCUGCCAAAGCGUUUUCGUGUUAGAAUACAAUAGAGCUGGAGAAUUGUGAUAAUUUUCGUCUUUCGCACCGAGCAUGGAGGAACUGGCCCGGGAGAGUAUCCGCAGCAUCAGUCUGCUGUCCAGGCCUGCGCGGGGGUCGGACGUCCCGCGACUCGGAUCGUUUGGGGCCAUUUUCAUCAUGCUGAAGUCAGCCCUCGGCGCGGGGCUCCUUAACUUUCCAUGGGCCUUUGAGAAGGCUGGCGGCGUGAACACAGCCAUUACUGUGGAGAUGGUGUCUCUGGUUUUCCUCAUAAGUGGGUUGGUCAUUCUCGGCUACGCCUCAUCAAUCAGUCGGCAGAAGACGUAUCAUGAUGUGGUACGAGAGGUGUGUGGACAGAGGAUCGGCCAUCUCUGUGAGAUCUGCUUUGUUUUCAACCUCUUCAUGAUCUCUGUGGCCUUUUUGGUGGUUGUGCAGGAUCAGCUGGAUAAGCUGUGUCUGUCUCUGUAUGAGACAGUGACGGGAAAUACAGAAGGAGAGAUGCCAUAUCAUUGGUACUCAGAUCACCGUUUUGCACUCUUUGUCAUGUGCCUCUUUAUCAUCCUUCCACUCUCUGUACCCAAAGAGAUCGGCAUCCAGAAAUACACCAGUGUAUUGGGAACUCUGGCUGCUACAUACCUGAGUGUAGCUGUGAUUGCAAAAUAUUAUCUAAAAGAUGAGCACACAGCAGACCUCACACCAGAGCACAGUCAAGGAUUGGACUCGUGGGCCUCCAUGUUCAGUGUGGUCCCUACUAUCUGUUUUGGUUUCCAGUGUCAUGAAGCUUGUAUUACUAUAUACAGCAGCAUGGAAAACAAAAAGAUUACACACUGGGUUUUCAUCUCAGUCACUUCUAUGAUUUUCUGCCUGAUUAUUUAUACUCUCACAGGUGUGUUUGGUUUUCUUACAUUUGGACGACAAGUAGCCUCAGAUAUCCUGAUGUCAUAUCCUGGAAAUGAUGUAGUUAUGAUUAUUGCUAGGCUGCUGUUUGGGAUUUCGAUCAUCACAAUCUAUCCUAUAAUACUGCUGCUGGGAAGGUCAGUGAUUCUAACUCAAAUAUUGCGCUUUUGGGAACGACGGGCCAUAAUUACAUCUGUGUUUGAGAGCCGGUGCCGUCUGAUUCUAACAAUUCUCUGGAUCACUGUGACUCUCCUCAUUGCCAUCUACAUACCAGACAUGAGUGAGGUCAUCAGCGUAAUUGGGGGAAUUAGCGCUUUCUUUAUAUUUAUUUUUCCUGGACUGUGUCUAAUUUUUGCCAUGCAGACAGAGCCUAUAAAUCACAGGAUGAGAGCUCUCUUGACAGGGUGGGGUGUGGUGACUGUCAUUACCGGUGCUUUUAUCUUUGGCCAGAGCACAUCUAUAGCUGUUAUGGAGCUGAUGCACAAGUUUUAAUCUUCGUCAUGGUCUUCAUCAUUUGGAAUAUCAUUGUCUUGACAAAAUGUCUUCAUUUAUUUGAUUGAUGAAUGAUAAAACGUAUGAUACUUGAAACUGGGGAAGAGUAGCAACUACAUGUUUUAGAAGAAAAUGUCACACCACAGUGCCUUAUGCUUGUAUUGCUGUUACUGCUCAGUUUUAUGUGGUGUGUGUGAGACUAAGAAAAUGUGUUGGAGGAUUUUUUAAAAAUAUAUUUAUUAUAUUGUGUAGGUAUAGACAAGAAGAUUAGAUUUAUUUAAAUGUGUUAUAUGGAAUGGAUAUUGAAGUAUAUGAAUACAAAUAUAAAGAAUGACUUUAGAACAUUUGCAAUAGCUUAAUUAUGAAUGAAUUAACAUUUGCCUUAAUGUGAGUGUGUAAUUGCAUAACCUCAUGAUUUGGUGUUGUAAUGCCUAAAAUGAAAUUAACCAGGAAACGUU